GUUUUGAAGUGACUGAUAUGUAUGAAUUCUGUACGGCGUUGUAUAUAAACUAGGAAACGCUCCUUAAGUUACCAUUUCCCCAAACUUACCGACUGACUACCCAGGCAGCCAGUUGUUCGAUUUUCGUUAACGUAUAGACCACCCCCCCUUCAACUACGACGCGAUGUCUCAUAUCACAAGGACCGAUGCCCCUGAAGCCCCUCGAUUAGACAACGGAGCUCAGAUAAACGCCUCGGGGAAAUCAGGGUCUCAUCCGACGUGGGGUAUAGAUGUAGAGAACUCAGCAGACGCGGUACAAGAAUUGCUGAGGAAAGUCUGCUAUGAUGGUCUCCAGACCAAAUACUCAGAGAUUCGCGAACUCGAGUGGGCCGCCUAUGUUAUCUGUAAGAAGGUUGUCCAACAAUUCAACGCUACGGAUGUUGAGAAGAUGGCACUCCAUCACCAGAUGUACUACAAUUAUGCUAGAAGGCAGUGUGAAUUGGGCGAAGAAGGAAAUUUACCUUGCCAGUCACCUGAAUGGAUAUUGGCAAAUGAGGGCACGGAAAAAAUGGUGUUGGCUCGUGUUGCCAAAGCAAGUCUCGAAGGAGAGAUGCUACUUCGCAUUAACGACAAUAUUUGCGGCAUCCUUGAGGGCAAGAUUCAAGCAUCAGAUGCGAUAAACCUGGACGACCUCCCAGGGAACAUAUACCGGACUGGUAUCUCAUAUAAACAAGCAGUAGCUGUCCAGUGCCAAUACAUCAAGCAUCUGUCACACAAGAGACCACUUCGCAUUCUUGAGAUCGGUGCGGGAACAACGAGCAUUACGAGCAGCAUCUUAUCUGGCCUAGGGCAUGAUAUUAUGGGCCGACUGCAAAAAUACACGUAUACUGACGCGAGCGACGCUUUCUUUCCGGAGGCCAAGGAGAAUCUUAAGGCAUGGGGUCCAAUGAUGGAAUAUAAGGUCUUAGAUAUUGAGAAAGAUCCGUUGCAGCAAAAUAUAGAAGGAGAAUCGUAUGACCUUGUUGUCUCCUUCCAGGUUCUACAUACGACAUCAUCUAUCGCAACAGCCCUUGCGAACUGCAAGAAGUUACUAAAACCGGGCGGACAUAUCAUUGUCACCGAUUUGACAAACAAGAUUGCGAGACGCUCUGUUGUGUUUGGGACUCUCCCUACUUGGUGGCUAGGUGAGAAUGAUGAGCGGCGCUGGGGUCCAGAGCUUCCCGAACAGGAAUGGGACCUAAGCCUCCGCUCUCUGGGCUACUUGGGCGUCGAGUGGUGCUUUCGUGACCAACAGAAUGCUGGCUAUUCCUCAUCUAUAAUGGGAUCUAGCAUUCCCUACACCACCAGGAAUAAGUUCCCAAGUAAGGUUAUAAUUAUAAAACCCCCUACAGAAAACAGCCAAACGAAGUCGAUGAUCAAACAGCUCUCAGAUCGACUGGUAGAAGAUGGAGUAUCUGUUAAGGAGAUGACACUUCUCGAUAUUAGAACGUCAGACUUAAGCGCGACACAAUGCUUAGUUUGCUGCGAGGUUGAGAGACCAUGUCUGAGCUCGCUCGGGAAUAAGGAGUUGGAUGCCAUUAAGCAUAUAACGCUCCACUCCGAGGGUGUUCUCUGGUUAACUAAAGGUGGGAGUUUUGUUGACGUACGUAUACCCGAGCUCAACAUGGUUGUGGGAUUGGCACAGACAAUCAGGUUCGAAGCUCCAGAGGCGAGGUUUACGACUUUAGACCUUGACCCGGACGUUCCAUGCGGACAAUCAGAUGUAACCGACACCAUCCUACAGCUUCUCUGCCUCCAAAGAGAGAAACCCGACGGUGAUAAUUACUUCGCUAAGAGAGAUGGCGCUCUUUACAUUUCACGCAUUUUCCCUAACGAGGCUCUAAACAGGAUCUUAGCUACGGAAGAGUUCCAAGAAACCCCUACUGAACUGACUGGAUUCCAGCUACGCCCUGAUGCUACUUAUAUCAUCCCAGGCGGCAUGGGUGGACUCGGCCGGCCAUUGAUCAUGUGGAUGGCUAAAAAUGGGGCGCGCAAUUUAGUAACCACAUCUCGAUCUGGUGCUAAAGAUCCUCGAGCACAAAAGCUACUCCAGGAGCUCUCCAUCAUGGGCGUGAGGGUGAAAGUAUUCGCGGCUGAUGUUGGCUGUGUAGAUCAAUGCCAAGAUGUGCUUAACGACCUAUCUAAGGAGAAAUUCCCACCGGUACGCGGAGUCGUUAUUAUGUCAAUGGCCCUCCAGUACGUGAUGUUUGAAGAUAUAGGAUUCGAUGCAUGGUCAGAAACGCUACAUUCUAAAUAUAAUGUUACGUCUAAUAUGCAUCAUAUGCUACCUGACGAUCUCGACUUCUUCAUAUGCGUAUCAUCGGCAGGGGGUCUUAUUGGCUUGGUCCUUGGAAGCAGCUAUAACGCAGGCUGUAAUUACCAGGAUGCCAUGGCAUAUUACCGUCGAGCCCAAGGCCUCAAAGCAACCAGUAUCGAUCUUGGCUGGGUAAGGGACGCGGGAUACGCCGCUGAGAAUAUGAGGUUGCCUGAAUUACUACGUACAGGUAUACGACAACUAACAGCGAACCAAUUUAUCGCAGUAGUAGGAGCCGCCAUGACAGGCCAGGUUGGCAAACAACCAGUUAUUGGCCUCGCUAGCGGUGGUUCGAUCAAGGCCAAUGGUGAUGAACCUCCUUAUUGGUUCUCAGAUGCUAGAUUUGGACCACUUAGUGUGUACGGCACCCAGACACAGACCCCCCUUAGCUCACAUAACCGUGAAAACGAAAGGGCCGCCAUGAAUUCCGCAAGCAUAAUAAGGGCCGCAACUAGCCUCGAUGACGUAAAAGGUAUUGUGUGUUCAGCUUUGAUUGUCAGGCUUGCGAAGAACUUGACGAUGGAUCCUCAGGAUAUCGACAGCAACCGGUCGAUCCGAGCGUACGAAGCGGAUAUUUAUGCCGCAUUGGAACUCAGAAACUGGGCACUCAGGGAGUUUCAGAGUUUAAUAUCCGUCUCUGAGAUAUUAAAGGAUGUUCCGCUCGGAGAACUGGCUGGGUGUCACACGGACAGUAAUGCCAAGAGACUAUUAAUUAAAGAAAAUAACUAAUAAAAGAUAUAAAAUAAUUAUUUCAAGAUUUAUUAAAUAAGGAAUAUUAUAAAACUAUAUAAUUAUAUGUAAGUAAAGUUAAUAUAUUAAUAAAGAUUCGGU